CCGCAGCGGCUCGCGCACAGUCACAACCCACACGCAUCAGCAUGCACAUCGCACUGCUCCUAGUUACCCUGAGCGCAGCCUCAGCCGCGCCCAACUCUUGGUCCCUGGUUCCAUCAUUCAACAGCUUCUUCAAAGAACAAGGUGACAAUGUGGUAUCCUGGUACAACGACGCUGCCAACAUGAAGGACUCCGUCGAGAACUACGUGGAGGAACAGCAGCGGAUGUUCAAGGACAAGUUCAAUGACUAUGUCGACGAUAUCCAAGAAAACGGAAGACACCUCGUGGAUUCUACCUACAGCUCUAGGGAAUCUUCCCUGCUGGACAACCCGGACAUAAUACUAUCAGUGCCAGGAAUAAUCACCAGAAACGGAUAUAUAUGCGAGACACACACUGUCAUUUCUCAAGGAUAUGUUCUCAAUAUGCACAGAAUCCCACGGUCCAGAAGUCAUUCGGAUGUCUCCCCGAAGACCGUUCUCCUACAACAUGGUUUAUUCGCAAGCUCUGCUGAUUGGAUCAUGAACGGGCCUGGCAAAGGACUCGCCUACGUCCUAGCUGAUGCAGGCUACGAUGUUUGGAUGACCAACAUUAGAGGGAACCGGUACUCUAAGGAUCAUGUUUGGUACAAGACGAAUUCACAAGAAUAUUGGGACUUCUCUUGGCACGAAGUGGCAUUGUACGAUGUUCCAGCAGUUAUAGAUUACAUUAUGGAAAUAAAAGGCACCGACACUAAGAUCAGCUACAUCGGCCACUCAAUGGGAACUACUAUUCUUUUCGCAAUGUUGACUUUGAGGCCGGAGUACAACAACAUCCUGACGGCUGGGUUUGCGUUAGCUCCUGUGGUGUAUCUAUCUGACAUGAAGUCGCCGCUCAAGUCUAUGGCACCAAUUGCCAGUAACCUGGCAUACAUCGACUCACUGCAAGGUACUUACGAGUUCAUCCCCAAAAACUCAGCGCUUGGUCAGAUAUCGAGCACAUGUAGCGGAGAGAACAUGGAUUCGUUGAUUUGCAAGAAUAUUGUAUUCUACUUGUGUGGUUUUAAUGAAAGGCAGUUCAACAAGACCUUGCUACCAGUUUUCCUGUCACAUCUGGGUACAGGAACAUCUUGGAAGACAGCGGUACACUUCUCGCAAGAAAUACUUUCUGGAAAAUUCGCGCAGUUUGACUAUGGAUACUGGAAAAACUGGAGAGUUUAUGGAACUCAGUCACCUCCUGACUAUGACCUGAGUAAGGUAACUCUUCCGAUCAAGUUGUUCUGGUCUAAAAACGACUUGCUAUCAAGUGAGAAGGACGUGCAGGCACUUUAUGACAAGUUGCCUGUGAAGCCUGACAUGUUCCUGGUUCCUGACGAGAAGUUCAACCAUUUGGACUAUUUAUGGGCGAUUGACGCACCCAGGCUAUUGAAUAAUGAGAUCUUAAGUUCGCUGGAGGCGCACAUGCCUGACUAUUCAUUUACUGUGAGAUUUUGAGGAGAUACCGGUUAUGACUGGUUUAAAAUUGCCGAUCAAGGUUUGACAUCAUAGAACGAAGAUACUUUUUAAGUUUCUCAGCGUUUUUGAGACAGAUUUUUCUGCAGUUUGGAUACUUACAUUUUAUCAUUUUGAGAAUUAUAUGUAUGUGAGCUGCAUGAAUUGAUUUAAUCUGAAGUCAAGAAUCGUCUGGAGAAUAUAUUAUCGCCUUCACAUUCUGAUUACCUUCUAACCACGUGUUGUAUUUCUGUUCUAAUUUCCUUCUACAAAUAAAAGUGGAAACGAAGUAAACUCGAGGAGACCUUCAUUGGAGGUUACGCGUACCAAGGCGCAAGGGUAUCGGCAGGAAGGCUAAACAUGGCUUCAACUUCCGGCUAUGCAUUUAUACUGAGUAUUGAUAAGUCUGUGAUAUAUUUAGACUAAUUUGCGAAUGUUUACAAUGAUUUUCUUGGAAUGCCUUGACCUGAUUUAGAUGGAUAAGAGUCGAGACUACGAGAGGUCACGCCUAUUGCUUAGAUAAUUAUUUAUUUGUAACAGUUGUGUCUAGGAGGAAGUUGUGUAAUUAAUAAUUAAGAGUUGUUAAUAAAUUAUUUUUAUUUUGUAAUA